GUAAGGACGCGCAAAGCCGGUAUCGAGGAGGUCGAGAGAGACGACGACGCGACGGCCGAGGACGCGAUCUGCGCGCGCGCGCUUCCCUCGGGCUCCGCAGCCCUCGUGCAUGCGUGUUCGCUCGGGGGGGUAAGUUGUCGCCGUAAAUGGUGCCGAUACCACAUCUCCGUCCACCUGCGAGAUAGGUGAGAGUAACGGCAGAUCUUGGCGUCCCUCUCACUUCAGCGAUCUGCAUGAAGGGCACCAGAUAGGAUCGUAGAAGAAUGAGACGGAUCGAUCAUGAUGGCCAUGUCGCGCGGCAGGGCCCGCUGUCCUUUCGGGUGUUGGCUGUCCCCGAUACCGCUUAUCUAUCGCCGACGAGUCCCACGACAGCGCCGCCGCCGCCGCGCGCGCCCGAGCCCUACAAGAUCGCUCCGUCUUCGACGUCCUUCGGCAGGGCACAUCGUCGUUCCAGUUUCGUGAUACUCGCUGAAUCCAGGCCGGCGAGUCCAGACCCUGAUAAUGCGUCACCCAACUUGCCCACAGGAAGAGUCUCGCCCUUCCGUGGACGUGGUUUCAAGGGACCACCUCCUCACUCAAUGUCGAGACCGCAAUCGCCGGAAGUCGCCGGGGAUGGCCGUCGACGCAGAGUCGAACGAAGAGUUUCGCUAUCGCAACAAAAUAGUCCUAGGAAAAGCCUGAUACCACAGCCUACUUAUCGUCAACGAUCUACCUCCUUGACGAAAGCCAAUGAACGUUCGCCAUCGCCUAAGAUCGGUCGCCGAGUUGACUCAAAGACACGAUUGAACGUCUCGAAUUCGCAAAGUCGGUUAAACGCGGCUGAGUCGAAAACGCGGCUAAACGAUUCUAGAACGCACCUAAAUAAAUCCGACUCCAAGAGUCGUACAAAUUUUGCCGAGUCCAAGAUUCGUUUUAUUUCUAACUCUACCAGUAAUCUCAGCAGCAACUCGACAACAAUGCGCCGACAAACGACAACGAAACCGUCGACGCGACUCUCCCCGAUCCAAGGCACCCCGACGAAACCGGAAAAGGCAAUCUCUCAAUCGAAUAUAAAAAGUAGGAACGCUUCACGACAAUCACCCAUGAAGACAUCAAGGAUGUCGCAAAAGAACAAUGUUGCUACUACUCGAAGAGACAAUCAGAAUAAGAACUCUAGCAAGGAACGCCUUCUUUCGCCGUCGAAGAUUCCUCUAAAGACGAAUGGCUCGUCAAAUACCAACAGGUUUAUUUCAACGCCCGAGCAGAACUUGGAAAGAUUCGUAAAAAUGGAGAAAACGGACAAAGUUCUGACGGAAGAUAGAAAUGACAAGCAGACAGCGAACCAAUCUCUUCGGAAUGGCCAAUCGUCCGAACCAAAUUCGAAAGAAAGCGAGACAGAUAAGAAUUCCUCAGGUAAUAUGGAUGAAAUGGAUCUCAUAAAUCUGUUGAAGCAAACCUCGCAAACGACCGGCACGUCUAGUGAACGUUUAGUGAAUACGACGACGACCACGGCGGUGCAACCGUUGCACAUCGACGCGAACACGCUUCUCAUGGAGCCGAAUCAGCAGAAGGAACAGUCUGAAGAAAUGUCCAGAUCAAUCUCUCCUGCAUCUAAGGAAGAAACGCCGGUGUCGACGCAAAAUACAGCAUCGAUGCACCAGAGAUCCGUCGAAAAUCAAUCAGUCAAGGCGAAUCAAGCGAGUAAUAAUCCUGGAAGUGAUAAUAAAGACUCUUCCGUCGGCGCGCAGAGCAAUUCUAUAAAACAUAUAAAGAGCGGGAGCAUUGGUCAAUCUACAAAGGAUGUUAUUAAGAACGAUGAAGAUUCGGCUCAUCAGCAUUCCAAUCAAUCUUCUGCCAACCAGCGUUCUGGUAGAAACAGUCAGAACGCCCGCGGAUCCAAACAGAACGACGGAAAGACUCCGGAAGAAUCAGAAACGAUGGAGGUGAAAAGCGGCUCUGCUAGUAGCAAGGUAGCAGCCAGUAGCGAGAUUCCGAACGAUAAGAUGCCAACCGUGAUGGAGAACGACUCAAAGAUUGCUAGGACGGCUGAAAAAGCGGAGACGACGAUAAAUAACGCGACAACGGUAAACAACACGAUGACAAACAGCAAGACGGCGAACAACAACAACAGCGUGAAUUCUGCGGUCGGUGCGGUGAACGCGAGUGUAAACAGUGGUACAGUGGUACGAACGAGGAACGAGAACCGUGGUAGCGACGCGUCCCUAAAGUCGUCGGCUGGCGCAUCCACGGGCUCCAUCAAGAGCGUGAGAUCGACGGACACAGGAGUGAGUGUGAACACGGUCAGGGGGGUGUCCUCGCCGAGGGAAAAGACGGGCGUGCACAUGGUGAAGCGUUCGCAGGAGAUCGAGACGCUCAGCGGCAACAUCGUCCAUAUCGAGCAGAAUGGAGAGCCAACUGUCUUGGCCUCCUCCAACGAGAAGGAACAAAGUAACGAGAAGUUAUUAGCACGUUGGAGAAGGUCCUUGAGUCAGUAUUCCAAGUGCUGUUCCGGCAUGAGGUGUUUGGCCUGCCGUAGAGACCCCAAGGGUCUUCUAUGGACCAGGAAUCAAAAGAGAGCGAUGGUGAUUAACGACACUCCGCCACCGCCUGCACCACCACCUGUGACAAAUGCAUUGUCCUGCUGGUCGAAACUGAAGUCACGAUGCAAAUGCACCGGAUUACGAGAGAUGAACUGUUGCACAAGAAAAUCCAGGGUUGCUCCUGCCGAAUCUACCGUUUGCUGCCCGCCAGAGAGAAGAUGCGGUGCGAUUUGUCGUCGCGUGUUCGGUUGUUGCAGCUGCAAACGCACAGACACGCAAGAACGCACAAAAAAUACACGUGCCAAGCACAGUCUUACGAGUGUAGCUCCGCCACCCUUGUCGGAGGAACCGAAGGCCAAGUUACCAGAUGUCCUAGUGGAGUACAAUUCUGUUAUGCGUGGCGCUAUUCCAUGCCUUCCUAUUCCUCUCGCCUGGUUUUGCCUAAUAUGGAAUGUUUUAUUACCAGGCACUGGAACUAUUUGGAGCGGCCUGUUUAAUUUAUGUACCGGACAACCGCGAUUCUCCCCCGUUGCCGGACUAAAGUCACGACUGGGUGCAUUUAUUGUCAAUCUUGUCGUGGGUGUUGGUCAAUUGUUUACCGUUUUGUUUUGUCUCGUCGGAUGGGGCUGGAGCAUUUGGUGGGGUGUCACCAUGGUCCGCUUAGCUAGAAAGUAUAAACGGUUUAAAGCAUCGGAAGCUGCCAACAAUGAUCCUGAAGCCAGAGGAGGUGAACCGGGUCCUCUGCCUCCUGGCGUACCGAGUCAAGCUUUACGAGAGAUGGAAAGAGCACGAUGAUGCAUUUUUAAUAAAAAAAAAGAGCAUGAUCAUUCUCCAAUUAUGUAAAAAAAUUUUAUAUUUUAUUUGAAAAAUUUUCGAUUUUGAUAUGAAUGAAAAAAUAUCGUCCGCUUGAAUAAAAUAAUAUUGCUGGCGCAGCUUGUAAUAAUGGUUAUAUAUACAUUCGAAGAUGAUAUUAAGAGAGAUAUUGAAAUAUCUAUGAAAUAUCUCCUGAAAAAGAUGAAGAUUUUUCUCUGCAAUUGAGCUAUGACGAAAGGUGAAAAUUAAAUAAAAAAUUUGAGCAACAUAUUAAGCUAUGAUAUAUAAGUUUGACAAAUAGGCAAUCGAAGAGCCACAAAUUAUUAAGAUGAUCGGAUAUUUUUGCCUAUUUUCUUACAUCAUUCAGUCCUCACGUAUUUUCAAUAAGAAAAAAAUUCUUUUGAUUGAAAUUAUUAUUACAAAAUAUAUUACACAAUCUAUAUAUAUAAGAAUACUUUACGUAUAAAGACAUUUUCUCUUGUAUAAUUUUAUACAGUUACAGUUAUUAAGUUAAAAUUCUUAUUUUUAACGAGACAUUCUUUUAAUCACUGAAAUUCUUGUGCAGAAUAUUUAUAAAGUGUUUUUUUGAA